AUGUCCUUCUUCAGAAUCACCCUCCACCGCUCGGCAAUCGGGCUGCCCGAGCGGACGAGGGGCGUCCUCGCGGCGCUGGGGCUGCGCAAGCGCAUGCAGACCGUCUUCCACCCCGUGGAGCCGCAGUUUGCAGGCAUGAUCUUCAAGGUCAAGGAGCUGGUGAAGGUGGAGGAGGUGCGGGAGAAGCUGACCGCCGGGGAGGUGAGGAGGGCGAGGACGCCCGACGCCGGCUUCUACGUCGAGCGGGCGGUGAGGAGGAUGUGA